AUGGAGCCACUGCAGCAUCAUCAUCAUCAUCAUCAAGCCGACCAAGAAAGCGGCAACAACAACAACAAGUCCGGCUCCGGUGGUUACACAUGUCGUCAAACCAGCACGAGGUGGACACCAACGACCGAGCAAAUCAGAAUCCUCAAAGAUCUUUACUACAAUAACGGAGUCCGGUCACCAACGGCCGAUCAGAUCCAGAAGAUCUCUGCAACGCUGAGACAGUACGGAAAGAUCGAGGGAAAAAACGUCUUUUACUGGUUCCAGAACCAUAAGGCUCGUGAGCGUCAGAAGAAGAGAUUCAAUGGCACAACCAUGACUACCACACCAACGUCUUCAUCUCCCAACGCCGUGAUGAUGGCUACUGAUCAUUAUCAUCAUAACCGUCAUCACCCUCUUCUUCAUCACCAUCAUCAUCAUCAUCAUGGUGUUUCCAUGCAGCGACCUGCUUCAGUCAGCGUUAAACUUGACCAAGAAAAUCAUCUGCUUCAUCAGAACAGAUCAUAUUCCAGCUUCAAUAACGGUACUGAAUUUGGUGCUGUUAAUGCUUCUAAUGGCUACAUGAGUAGCCAUGCCUACGGAUCUAUGGCUAUGGAACAAGAUUGUUCAAUGAGCUACAACAACGUAGGUGGAGGGUGGACAAACAUUACGGAUCAUAAUCAUCAUUACUCAGCUCCAAUUUACAACUUCUUCGAUAGACCAAAGCCUCUGUUUGGUCUAGAAGGAAGUCAUGAAGAUGAAGAAUAUGGUGGCGAUGCUUAUCUUGAAUAUAGGCGUACGCUUCCUCUCUUCCCUAUGCACGGUGAGGAUCACAUCAACGGUGGUGGUGGUGCCAUCUGGAAGUAUGGUCAAUCAGACGGUCGUGAUCUCUAUGGUAGAGGGCCUAGAGGCCCUUGUGCUUCUCUUGAGCUAAGUCUGACCUAA